AUGGCGAUGCGAAUGCUGGCAUUGCUCGGACGUGCCAAAUGGACGAAUGCUAUUCCAUCGGAACGAGCCUUUCCUCUUCAUGGUGAUGAGUACCAGCAGUUGUGCAAGCAAGGCGAUGUACUUCGAGAGCGCAUUGCCCGGCAGUCGCCGCUGGUGAGAGCGAAGGAGUGGCGGCGGAAGUAUUCUCUCGACCACACAUAUAUGGACGUGGAUGAGGCCGAGUUGACUGGCGCACUACCAGCAUCGGAAACAGCGUCUGAUGAGGACGUCUGCGACAGGAGCAUGACCUUCGUGCUCGGUGCAGAUGAUGCAAGCUUUGGGAAGAGCAUCCUCAUGCUCUGGCUUAGCUACGGGUUGGCAAAGAAGGAAGGCAGAGCCUUUUUCAUUGACGACACAAACUGGGCCUAUGGACAGUACGAUGCAUUCUUCGCUCCGGCCUCCGCGCCAGCAUGCGUCCAACCACCACGACAUUACAUCGUACCUUGCCCUCACAGCGCGAAGCACCUGGUUGUUUCUUCUGCUACACUACCAUGGACCUUCGGCGACUCGUUUGAGAGGGAGUUCACCCAAUUCCGGAAACACGGCGCUGAACGCAGCCGCAGGAUAUACGACCUCCUCCGCCGCGGCUACGAAGACCUAUUCAUCCUGAAAGGCGAAGAUGCCCUCUACGCCGCCUCACGCCUCGCCAAGUUCAAAGAAGACGCCCACAUGCACUCGGGCUCCGUCGUCGGCAUGCACAUCCGCCGCGGCGACCUCCAUCCCGUCGAAUUCCAGUUCUCACAAGACUACAUCCCCAUCGAACGCUACGCCUCAGCGUCCCGGAGUAUGCUGCGCAACCAGCUCCACGCAAGCUUACCCGGCUCUCACAGAGAUGGAGACGACUUCCACAAGUUCCUCGAAUACGUGCACUCGCCUCUCCUGCUCGGCUCAGACGACCCCGAGAUCUUCGACUCCGACGAGCUCAAGGACGCCGCUGCGCCUUUCGUCGUCCAAAAGGCGCAAGAGCGCAUCCAGCUCGCCACAAAGGCCACACUCGACAUGGCGGCCCCAGCAGAAUCCCUCCGCCAGCCCGGCUCAGCCUACAUCAAACACAUCGACGAGAACUCCGGCUGGGAAGGCGGCUUCUACCGCUCCCUCUUCUUCGGGCUUGGACAAAGCGGAAACGGCAAAGCGGCGUCUUCCACGACGGCUUCCGACGACACGAAGCGCAUGCGCGAGCUGGUCGGGCGAGCCUACCUCCUCGACCUCGCCGUCCUCGGCGAGAGCGACGGCGUCGUCUGUGCGGUCAGCAGUGCGUCAUGUCGCUUGCUCGGCGUGAUGAUGGGCUGGGAGGCGGUGGUGGGGGGGCAGUGGGUGAAUGUCGAUGAUGGACGGGUGUGGUCGUGGGACGGAAGGGGUUGA